AUGAUUACUAUUGCACUAUGCGCUCCACCUGUCUCUUCACAACAACAAACUACCAUUCCUCUUUCAACCCCAAUGUUCACUGAUUCUACUAUCCCACCCACUACCUCAAUCAUACCUCCUUUUUCUGUCAAUGUAUCUGAUACGGGGGCUAGAACUUCAGAUGAAGAUCUUGGGGGGGAGGGGGUCACUUAUAGUCCUUUCCAAAUAUGGACUGAGAGUGAAGAUGAGGCAGUUGUUGAUUCUGCUGACGUUUGCAAGGCUAUGACCGAAAAAGUCAAUAAACUAAUUUCUGACACUUCUACGUUCAUGGAGAACUUCCAAAACACCUUCAACUCAAAUACCACUACUGCUAAUGAAGCUAUAAAGAGUCUAGGUUCUCUAUUGAAAACUGAGAAGACGAAAUUGCAAGAGAUUCGUAUUGGUCUAAAAACUGAUCAUGAAACAUUUCAGACCUCCAUCUCCUCACAAUUUUCCAAGCUUCAAGAUGAACUGGAAAAGGAGAGAAACAUCAAGGACUCUUUUGCACUCAAGACAAGAGAAGUAAAGGUGUUACGUGCGAAACUGGAAGCUUCAGAAAAAUAG